ACCGGUUCCGGCGAUCAUAGAGUGAAUACGUACGUCUCCGCGCUCCGCAAAUAUUUAACAAAAACAGUGAAAAUAGUGCCUCUUCGACAUCGUACAAUACAAAAUCUGCGAGAUCAGCCUUCAAAAUCUACGAGUGAAAAGUGAUCACAGUGCGAAAACAUACUCAUUUGUGUAAAAAGUGCAGAAAUCUCCACCCAAAGACAUAACCUAAAACUUAAAAGUGUCAUUGACAUUAACCAACAGUGAGACCAACAUAACAAACAGGCAACAAAGUUCUUCUUCUUUCACCGCCAUUUCAACGUCACUCUGACACCGACAGCUACAGACUAUCAAAGCUACCACCUAACCAUAACGCCAAAAGAAGAAGAAGAAGAUGGAUAAGAGUACGGAAUUACUGCUGUCAAAAUUAGACGACAAAUUAAACCAACAAACAAAAAUAAUCACUGCAUCAGUAACAAAAUGCGUUAUGGAAGCUUUAGAUGAAAAACUUAAGGCAAUAACGGAGGAAAAUACACAACUUAAAGCGAGAAUAUCUACGCUCGAACAGAAAAUCAACGUAAUGGACAAGGAAAAACGGAAAUACAAUCUAGUGUUCUUUGGACUAAAAGAGUUAGGAAAACCAGAAGCAGAGUUGGUAGACUACAUUAAAGACAUAGUAAUAGAAACAGGAAUACAUCUCGAUAGCCAAGAAAUCAGUAACGUCUACAGAAUUGGCAAAAAAGAUACCAACAAAAAUCGCCCUGUUAUAGUGUCAGUUACAUCCAUGUGGAAAAAACAUAUCAUACUAAGGAACAAAAACAGGUUCCCACCAGGAAUAUUUAUAAAAGAAGAUUUUCCGAAAGAAAUCCUAGAAAAAAGGAAGCAACUUCAAACCCAGGUUAUCGAGGAAAAAAAGAAGGGAAAUGUAGCUUAUUUAAAGUACGAUGAAGAAGCCAACAGACAAAUCCAGAGACAAAAGAAAAAGGGAGGAGUCAGGCUCACCUAAAACAUCAGUGCAGAAAAAAAUUUAUAGUAUUGACUCCGAGACACCUCAAAAUACCAAUAAAAAUGGAAAGGAAAUAAUAAAACCUAAUAUUCUGAACUAUGUUGCACGAGGUAGAGCAUCAUCCUUGUCUGACAAUCCA